AUGUCAUACAGGUUGUUUGAAGGCAUUACUCACGUUGAUCAUUACGUCAAAUUCAGACCCACAUAUCCUGCCGAGCUGUUUCACAAGAUAACAUCCUUCUUGAGUGAAAAGGUGCCCCCUCCCCAUCAGCUGCUUGUAGACGUUGGUUGUGGAUCUGGCCAAGGGACCUACGGCUUGAGCUCACAAUUUGAACAUGUCAUCGGGUUUGAUGUGAGCCCAGCACAGGUGGAGGCAGCAGCGAAGGCAAAUACCGCCCCCAAUGUUGAAUUCAAAGUUUCCCCAGCAGAAAUUCUUCCUCUCGAAGAUCAAUCAGUGGAUCUCAUUACAUGCUCUCAGGCUGUUCAUUGGUUUGACUUCCAUGCCUUCUGUGAGGAAUGUAGGCGGGUCUUAAAGCCAGGUGGAUGCCUAGCUAUCACCAAUUAUGGAAACCCUAGGUUGGAUCACAAGAAUGAAGAUGUGAGGAAUAAACUGGACGAUUAUUUUGAUGAGCUUUACAAUAAAGAGCUUGGUUCUUACUGGAAUCCAAGGAGAAAACUUGUUGAGAAUAACCUGCCAGGUUUUGAGAUACCUUUUCCAGACUUUGUGAGAGAUGAUUCAUUGGAGCUGAGAUUACAGUGGUCAGUAUCUCACCUUAUUGGUUAUAUCCAGAGCUGGUCGGCCUACACAAAAUACCUUGAAAAUAAUCCAUCAGGAAAAAUUCUAGAAGAGUAUCAUAAAAAGGUCAUGUCAGCUGUGGCUAGUCCUGGUUCAUCUUCAGACGAUACAAUGGUUGAAGUAGUCGCUCGUCUGACCUUGCUCCUAGGUCGUGUUUCAUAAACCUCUCAGCCUGUUGACUACUGGAUUCUACGAUUCCUACGGGCUUUGUACAGGAAUCACCCAGUAUCAGUAGGCAAUGAGUUAACCUGUUGACUACCGGAUUCUAUGAUUCCUAUAGGCUUUGUACAGGAAUCACCCAGUAUCAGUAGGCAAUGAGUUAACCUGUUGACUACCAGAUUCUAUGAUUCCUAUAGGCUUUGUACAGGAAUCACCCAGUAUCAGUAGGCAAUGAGUUAAUCAGUUGACUACCGGAUUCUAUGAUUCCUAUAGGCUUUGUACAGGGAUCACCCAGUAUCAGUAGGCAAUGAGUUAAUCUG